UGGGGGACACAUAUCAUGGGUGCACCAGCAGUACCUACAUGCCACCCAGACAACAAAAAAGCCGCCAUGUGGGGAGCUGGUGACCAGGCUCAGUAUCAUCAUCACCAUCCUUAUAUCUACUACUCUCCUACUGAAAAGUCAAGCAACAGUAGUCCCAUGGAAUCCAUUCUCAACAUGUUCAACUCAUGGAGCAAUAAAGCAGAGACCAUGGCAAACAAUAUAUGGCACAAUUUGAAGACAGGAUCCUCUGUUUCUGGGGCUGCUUGGGGAAAGAUGAACCUGACGGCCAAGGCAAUUUCCAGCGGUGGGUUUGAGCAACUUUACAAGCAGGCAUUCACGACUCAUCCAAAUGAGAAGCUAAAGAAGUCAUUUGCUUGUUACCUCUCAACAACCACAGGACCAGUGGCUGGAACUAUUUACCUUUCAAAUUUUCAUAUAGCAUUCUGCAGUGACCGUCCAUUGUCCUUCACUGCACCUUCCGGCCAGCAGACUUGGAGCUACUACAAGGUCAUGGUACCUCUGGGAAAGAUCGGCACCAUCAACCCAGUGGUUAUGAGGGACAAUCCAUCAGAGAAGUACAUCCAGAUUGUCACGAUUGACGGUCACGAUUUCUGGUAUAUGGGAUUUGUUAACUACGAGAAAGCAUCCAAGCAUAUCACUGAAAGCCUUUCCAGUUUUGCAGUACCUGGAAUAGCAGUCAACCCAGCGACUGCAUGAUAGAGCAGCGGCUAGUCUUGCGGUAUUCUUCAGCUCACGGAGCUAGGUUUCUUUUUUAGUAUGAGAGAUUCUCAUCUGUUUCAGCUGUUGUUUCUUUGAUUUAUUUGUUGUGUUGAUGUAUAUUUAAUGUUUAAAUAUGGUUAGCGUACCAUGUACUUGUAGGACCCUCUCUUAUUAUUUGAAAUAAUAAAAUAUCAGUAUUCCUAUAAA